UAUAAACUAAUUUGGAAUAUUUUUUUCGUUUACUAAAAAGAUAGCUCAAUACAUUUUGGCCAAGAUUUAUGAAGAAAGAUUAUUUAUUUGCAAAAUUAUAUAAGAAAAACACCUUUUUUUUCAAAAUGUUUGGACUUUUUAAUUUAUCUAGAAAAAAAAUACAAAUCCCAGUGGUGAAUAAAUACCACCAAAAUAAAGUUUUAUCUGUCUCAAAAAAAUUCUAAAAAAUUCAUAUGGGUACAGUUGUUGCAUGACCACGCAAUUGUCAUUCAAAGUGUGGCAGUGCAAAAAUCUGAAAAUUGGCCUGGGCAGGAAGUGGGUAAAUGUCCCCGGUAGGCAAGUGGGAAA